AUGGGUGAUAAUCUAGUCAACUUCUACGCCGGUCAGCCGCCGCUCAACAGGCUAUCUUUCAUACGGCCGUCUGUGGAUAAGAUCAAUGCGCUUCUCAAUGCCGAGAGCACGCGGUUCAUAGCUUUCAAAGAUCUGAAGCCAUUGGUUCAAGAGAAUGAGCUUGGAAAGCUGGUGUUUCUGGAUCGUAAAGCAGUCGAAAGCCGGAUAGGGGAUGGGUAUAUGGGCUCGGGCGGAGACAGUAAAGAGGCUGUUCGAACUAUGGAAACUUAUCGGAAACCCUCUGACAACGCGCUGGUCUUCCUCGGCAUCGAUGAUCGAACCUCUGCAAGGGAGAAUAUCGAGACGGAAAUUCAGUCCUCAGAGAAGCAAGUGGAUCUGGCGAACCCGCCAGGGACAGCGUUUUUUGCUGUCGACGCUGGACGAGGGGCGGAAGGGGAAUGGGAAAUCUCAGGGACACAGUGGGGAGAUCCCAGAUCGAGUGCAUCUAGUAUGAGCGGAUGGGAGGCUGGACUAUUCGCUCAGGCCAGAGCUUUGAUCGAUUGGAAUACGAGAAACAGGUUCUGUCCCAUGUGUGGAUCUCAAACGUACUCGCUUUGGGCUGGUUGGAAACGAGGCUGCAUCACUGGUCUAGAACCCAUACCUGGCAAAGAGCCAUGCCCAUCUUUAGAGGGACUACACAACUUUGCGUACCCUAGAACAGAUCCAGUCAUUAUCAUGGGCAUUCUUAACUCGGCAGGCGACAAGAUUCUCCUUGGCCGGCAAGCGAAAUGGCCGAAAGGGAUGUACUCCUGUCUAGCUGGCUUUGUUGAACCAGGUGAAUCGUUCGAGGAUGCCGUAAGGAGGGAGGUCAUGGAAGAGGCUGGUAUCGAAGUUGGACCGGUCAGAUACUCUUCCAGUCAACCUUGGCCAUAUCCAGCCAACCUCAUGGUUGGAUGCUUCGGGCGAGCUAAAGAUGGCCAGCGCAUACGAUUCGAUCUCGACAAUGAGCUGGAGGAUGCACAAUGGUUCGAUCGACCGACUAUCCGCUCACUUGUAUCGUCGCCGACAGGUAGCAAGUACUCUGAAGCCGAGAUCAAGCGACUGGGCAAGCUGGCCAAUUCAGGGAGCAACCAUAAAGACGAUCAAGAGACGGCCAAUGCGCUCGCACCGUCUGAAAGGAAGACUGGAGAAGGUGAUGCGGAGGGCGAUAAGCGAGGCCUGACGAGGGUUCCUCCGGAUACCGCUAUCGCUGGCAAACUCAUAAGGCUUUGGGCAGACGGCGGUGUCGACCUGGUCAGCCGGCUAUGA